CAGGAAGGAUGUUGGCUAGCACGAUUGAGGUGGUGCACUGAGGGUAAACGCGGCUGGCUGUAGAGAGGUCGGCUUCUUGUCGCUGAGGUGCAGUCAUGUUUCUCCAGUAUUACCUCAACGAACAGGGAGAUCGCGUCUAUACGUUGAAGAAAUUUGACCCUACGGGACAACAGACUUGCUCUGCCCAUCCUGCUCGGUUCUCCCCUGACGACAAAUACUCAAGACACCGAAUCACCAUCAAGAAACGCUUCAAGGUGCUUAUGACCCAGCAACCGCGCCCAGUUCUCUGAGGGUUCGUUAAUUUCUUGUGCUGCCCGACCCCAGGCCGAUUAUCAGUAACCAAAUGCGUCAGUCCGUGAGCAGUGAAGCCUUCCCAUGCUGUUUGGAAUCCUAUCUCACUACAUGAUUGCGUCUGUCGUGGUGGGCAUCACCCGUAAAAGGGACAAUCUUAACUUUUUUUUUUUUUUUUUUUUAUGCUUUGAAUUACUGCCAGGUUAUUAAAGAGACAAUGACUUGAAAGUUCAUUUUUGAGUGUGGUUUAAGGAAAAGGUGGGGGGAUGGUAGUGCCGUUGUUAGUACAAGGCCACUUGAGAAAAAACGAUAAGUCUUCGCUGUAGCAGGAGCACUGCGCCCUGAGUGAUAGUUAGGGUACUGGGGAAGAAAGGUUGAGAGACUCCCACAAAGGUCGGGUUUCACUGAAAAGAUAACUCUUGUCCCUGAAGUAAAUUGUGGCCCCUUUAAAUAACAUUCUGAAUUCCUCAAAGAGUAAUAAAGGCAUAAAAGACUGAA